AACAUCCCAAGACCCAGUUUCAGAAAAAUAUCAAACUCCAGCACCCAACAGCCCAACAACAUCUGGUGUUAAACUGAUGCAAAUUGAUACUAUAAGAUACAAGCCACUUGGUGAGCCAGGUCAUAUUGCUAAAAAUUGUUUUAACAAAAAUAAUACACAGCCAAAAAUUGGUGUAAUUAUAACUCCAGACGAACUUUCAGGAAAAGAGAGGUCUCAGCAGUAUUCCCAAGUUAAAAUAUUAGCUCUAAUUGAUUUGGAUACUUCAGCUUGUUUUUUGGACUCUAUAUUCUCUCAAGAACGUAGCAUACCCUUUGAAAUUGCAUCGUUUAACGAGAUGGG